AAAUCACAGUCUGGCCUUGGGCACUUACGUACUUUCACUGGUCAUGAGGAAAUGGUACGUUUCAUCCUUAGAUUACGAUAUUGGAUCGAAAGCAGUUUCACUGUCGAAUAAGAGCCUAGCCAAAUUGAGGUAUACCCGCAGCUGCGCAGCAACACAUAUAGGACAGAGAGCAGACAGACACCACACAGAGAGGACUGAGUAAAAGUUUCCACCUAACACCUCGGCUGUUCAUGUGGUAUGAUGAGGUUAAACGGCCAGCGUAUUUUCGCCGGUAUUUUGGGGAUCGCAUCUUUCGUCCUCGUCACUUGCAUGAUGCGGGAGAAAUGGAAGGGCGCCACCAAGUACAGCUUUUCUAAAUCGGAUGCCGAAAACAUCGUUCCUAAGCUGGCUCAGCUCCAAAGAGACCCGUUCGUAAAAAACCUCCAUGGGAUGGAAUCAACCGUCAGUAACACCUCAUCAACACCCACGUCUACCAUAAGCCUAGAGGAUGCCAUCCGGAAUGAACAAGAAAGGAGACAAGAGAUCCUACAGGCUGCUUGCCAAAGUCUCAACAUCUCCCGACCCGUGGAGUACAGCCACAUGCUUGUCAGUGACCCACACAAGAUCCUCUUCAACUUCAUCCCAAAGGUGUCCUGCAAAUCCUGGAAAGAACUCUGGAGUCAGCUCCGGAAGCUCAACGGUACAGGGAACGUCUCCCUCGGGAAGUACUCGCCAGUAGAGAGGCAGUACCGGCUGGCCAACUACCGCAAAGUACUCUUCGUCCGGGAACCACUAAGCCGCAUCCUCUCGGCCUACAUGAGCAAGUUCCGCGGCGGGGCGCUGUACGACCACGCCCCGUUGCAGCGCUACUGGGAGAAUGCUUUCGGUGUAGACAUUGUCCAACGAUACCGAGGUGUAACAGUAUCAAAACUAGAUAAACACAGGUGGUUAAACAUCACAUUUCCGGAGUUGAUACUCUACGUCACGGACUUAGGUAGCGGUAUCCGGAUGACCGCAUUCAACGACCACUGGUUCCCGCAGCACAUCGUCUCUCAUCCGUGCCAAAUCAAGUACGAUUUCAUCGGUCAUUUUGAAAACCUUUCAGUUGAAGGACCGUAUGUCCUUCGAUGGCUUGGGAUAGAUCACCUAGUCCAGCUUCCUGAAUACCACAACUCGAAUGCCGCCAAGAGUCUUGUGGAGUACUACAAGAAGAUACCACUCGAGUUGUUUCGAAAACUUGGCGAUUACUAUUUGGAGGACUACAGACUUUUCGGAUACUCUUUGGAGGAAACCAUUGGUCGGGUGACUCGAGGUGUAUUCCAAAACGAUGCGCGGCGGUAGGAAAGUGGAACUAGACUUAUUCAGUCGUUAUCUGAUAAUACAUCUUUUUCCCCUCCUUUUUUCUUCGUAACAGUGCUAUUUUUCCACAAGUUAGAUGGCCGUCAUUGCAUAAAACAAAAACAAUCCUAAAAGUAAUGAAGAAAAAUGUUGAUCCGUGACUGGGCUAUUCAAUGUGAUUAUCGGUUUUUUUUAAUAAUCACGGGCGAAUGUCUUAUUUGUAACCUCAUCACCUACCUUUAUACUAAAAAAGAUAUUCAGAUAAUUAAUUAUUUCUCAGUUCACAACCAAAGAGCAUAGUAAGCCUUUUAAAGGGGUCUUGCAUGCAAUGACUUGUUCUUCGGAAAAUUAUUUUUGCAGUUUUCUACUCCUAUAAAUGUAUGAAGGUAUUUAAAAUCACUUUCGUUAAUUUUAUUAACACAUUUCUUUUCACAUUCGAAAACUGGCCAUGCUUUUUCGGACAGCUGAGGGCGCUGUUGCUGUGAUGUCAUUUCAGGAAGACUCUGUUCAGUUUAGGGAUUUUCCGUUCAAAUUGUGAACCCAAAUAUUUGUUCAUUGAAAAUAUCAGUUGUGAGAAAGUUUCCUCAUUGGCUUACUGCCAUGUACCGAAAAAAACAACGAAUUGCCAAAGAAAAGAAAAUUGACAACAGUAAAGUAUCCAAAAUUCUGGCAACUUUUGGUGCAGAAAUAGCUGUAGACAUUAAGGUUUCUGCCCUGAAAUGACAUCACAAAUUUGCUCAUGAAUAUGGAAAUUUUCAUUAGUUUGUAAACCAAAAAGGCACAAAAAUACCCUAAAUAAUGGCAAAACGAAAAUUGAAAAUAAGGUUUCUCAUUCCCAAUCCAAAAGUGUUUUAUACGAUGAACGUGAUCUUAAGAAUUUAUUGUGGGUUAAUAAAUAUAUGUAACAGUUGUACAUUUAUUUUUGAUGAAAACCAUGUUUUCCAAACGGUUACACGUGUAGGGCUUAAUACUGAGCCAUCAAGGAUUGUAUUCAUUGUGAAUUGAGAUUCAGUUUUUAUAAGUUUUGGAACGAAACUAUUCUCUUUUGUGCUUGUAAUACCCACAAAGUCGCCCCAUUAUCCCGGCGAGAUUUGAUGUCUUGCAGAAUAAAGACUUUCGCUGUGAAUCA